AAUGUGCUGCCCAUUUUGGGUUGACCUCCUUGCGCUUUUGGCAUUGAAUAACGGGGGCGGUUGGUGCUGUGAGACUUGAGUGUUCGUGCACGGCACAGGCAAGGUGUGGCGCGGGGUGGAGUACAACUCGCUUGUGCGGUCAGUGGCAGUUUUCAAUCCGAGCAUCAUGGCAUUGCAUCACCAGCACCUCAAGCGUUGCCUGACGGCCAUCAAGGCCGUCGAUGAGCGACUCCACGUCAUUGAGAGCCAAGACAUGACCCAGCUGGAGCCCAAUCCCACCAACAUCCGACUUGUCACCUACAAUGUCCUGGCCGAUUGCUACGUGCGCCACCAUCUGCGCAAUGAGGAGAAGCGGAAGCAUUAUUUUGGUGACAUCCCGGAAGAGCAUCUCCAGUGGUCCCACCGCUGGCCCUGCAUUCAGCAGGAAGUUCGGCGCCUCAAAGGCGACAUUGUCUGCAUGCAAGAGGUGGAGUUUGCCAAGUUUGACGACGAGUUUUGUCCCUUUAUGCAAAGCCUGGGUUAUGAUCGAUGCAUCAUGCAAAACGAUACGAAUCGCGAGCCAGACCACCCGGUGGGCGUGGCAAUAUUUCUGCGCAGUGCGCGGUUUGAGGUUACCAAGGAGCACCAUCGCAGCCGGGCCUUGAUCCUGGGCCUGCAGGACCGUGUGACGUCGACAUCGCUAGCCCUUGCAAAUUGUCACCUUAUUGCGCAGGCAUCGCGGGAGGCUGAUCGACUGCGGCAGGCCGAGAGCGUGAUGCGAUUGGUCGAGCGUCUCAAUGCGGACGCGACUGUAGUGCUGGGCGACUUUAAUGAUGAGGAACAUACCCGAUGCGUUCGGUAUGUGCUGCAGCAAACGCUGGCUCUGCGCGCGGGCGCACCGCAUGCCCAGGCGCUCGAGGCGCAAGGACAAAGCGUGUUUGCAAGCACCAGUAGCUCCGGCGGCCCUGAAGGAGAAGCGCCAGCUGAAGAGGAGAGCGACGCCGAGGGGGACGCUACAGAGGCAACCGAAGCGAGUGCGGCGGCAGACGAAGUGGUGGCAUCCUUGGACGGACACCGGUUGCUCAUGUACUCGGCGUACGAGAACGUCGACCUGUUCACGUUUGUGGCCCGCUAUCUCGUGUCUCGGAUGGACCACGUGCUGUUGUCGAGCAACUGUGAGCUGGUGGCACGGCACGCCCCGUUUGCACCCGAGACGCGGGACGCAGUGUUGGCACAUCUUUUGCCCAGCGCGCAGCAUGGCUCGGACCACUUACCGGUGGCCGUGGAGGUUCGGAUUGAUCGGGAGGUGGUGUGUCGGGCAGCCACACCAGAGACAGAUCGGGUAGAUCCAGCUCUAUACAUGACGUCGGAGCUGGUGGCCGAGUGGCAGCAGCUGUUGCGACAGGCCCCGCCUCGGCCGAAGGGUGGCAAGCCAACAGGGGCAGAGCUCGCCCGGCUCAAAGCCUUUGCAGAGGAUAAGCGGCAGCUUUUAGCCACGCUGCCGGAAUCGGCGCGCCCCCUGCUCAAACGCGUCACGCUUGAGACAGAUCCUGCGACGGUUGUCAAGAGCAGUUGAUGAUACAUUCGUGGCCUUUCCGUCGCGUCGUGGGCAUUUGUGUGCAUGUGUAUGCGCGCGCGCGCGUGCUCAAUUUAGCUGCAUAUUCUUG